GGUGGGGCUUCCUGCUAUUCCCGCACGCUCCCGCUGAAGAAUGGCCUCAACUUUUGCGCCAACUUCGAGACUCAUAUGAUACCCUGUGCGAACAGCAUCUCAAAUUUAUCAGGCACCCCGAACAACUAGCCGCCCUAUCCUUCGAUCCCCUUGCAGACGAUCCCGACUCUCCUUGGAUCACUGUGCGCAAAGAUGAAGCCAUCCGCGCCGAGAUCCAGCAAGAUGUCUCGCGGCUUCCCGAUGAUCCGUUCUAUCACCAGGAGGUCAUUCAGACCAUGAUUCUGGAUAUCCUGUUCCUCUACUGCAAACUCAACCCUUCCGCCGGCGGGUACCGUCAGGGAAUGCACGAGUUACUUGCGCCAAUUGUCUAUGUCGUUGCGCAGGACUCGGUGGACGGCAAGCAGUCUUCAACGGUUGAUACUCUCGAUCCUACGAUAGUGGAAUUGUUGGACGCUUCUCAGGUCGUGCAUGACUCCUUUGCCUUGUUCUCCAAGGUUAUGGACCGUGCUGGCGCUUUUUACGAGGUUGAGCAAAACACAAUCGUCGAAAAAAAGCAAAUACAUCCAUGAAGUUGCCUUGCUCAAAACUGAUGAGGAACUUGCGAACCAUUUGCGAGACAUUGAAGUUCUGCCGCAAAUAUUCUUGAUACGAUGGAUACGCCUCCUUUUUGGAAGAGAGUUUCCUUUUGAACAAACCAUGAUAUUAUGGGAUGCCAUCUUUGCCUUUGAUCCCAACUUGGAGAUGAUAGACCUCAUAUGCGUAGCUAUGCUUCUCAGGAUCAGAUGGACGCUCCUCGAAGCUGAUUACUCGGUGGCACUUCAGCUGCUUCUGAAAUAUCCAGCCCCUCCACCACCGCACGGCCCUCACACCUUUGUCGACGAUGCUUUAUAUUUGCAGAAACACUUUGAUGCCGCGGGCGGUGUCGCACUAAUCGCCAAAUACAGCGGUAGACUGCCUGCGGCAGCAUCAGUGGCAUCAACAGCAACCUCGACCCCUGCACGGUCAUCCACCCCAUCAUUUUCAGGCUUUGGUUCACUCCGACAAAGAACUCUCGGUGCCAGGUCACCGUUAUCUUCCACGACAAAACUCUUGCAGCAACCGGGUGGUGUGGAGGCUAUCCUGCGCGGUGCUGCCAAAAAUGUCAUUGAGAAAAGCGAAAAACUCGGACUUAACGAUGCUGUCCGUGACGCUGUUGGGGAAAUACGUCGCAACAUGCAAGGCUUUCAAGAGUCUCGAAGUUUGCCCAGAAUCAACAGAUCACUGUUUCCCGGAAACACUCUGGCUGUUUCCAUUUGGGAGCAGAGGAAUCGUCAGUUAGCAACCAUGUUGGAAGAGUCAAUCACGAACCUCAAACAGCUGGUGGCCUCUGACUUUGAGGGCGACAAGCAGAAACAGCUCGAGACAGUGGAACUUGCCACGGCCAAGAUCCAGUACGUGAAGGCCUGCUUGGAGGAUUCCACGCUGGAUUUGCCAGAGGAAGAACCUCCGACGCUGGCAACAUUGAGCAUUUCCACCCUCCCCGAAAUCAGAUCGCCGACGGUUGCGUUGGAUACCACACCGGUGGUUAUGACAUCAUCCGCCGUUGAAGAAGCCAGAAGUUCACUCUCGUCGCCGGCUUCAUCGGAUAGAAGCAAGCAGCUGUCGUCGGUGCCAGAGGAGCCACAUGCUGAACCUGUUGCAGAGGAAAUGGUUGACAAGAUGGACACUGAUCCACCAGAAAGAGAACAAACACCACCGCCACCAGCCCCAGCCCCCGUCCCCAACCCAGAACCGUCGACUUCUGUGGGACAGACCCCUGCAACUAGCCCGACCCCUAAGGAGCGCCCGAAAGGACCGAUACCUACACGGUCAACCUUGGCUCAGUCCUCUUUUGCGUGGAUGUUGGAGCCAGACACUACAAUAUCAGCUGCUCGGUCGCCGCCGAGUAGGCCUUUGAGCAGCAGUGGAAUGAAGAAGCACAACCCCAGCCGGGAAAAGAACGCGUUUUUGUUUGGAGAAGUGGUUCCGAGUGAUGGAGCGGCAGGGGAAAGGAUAGUAUCACCAGACGAGAUCUUUGGACUGCAGCCGAUCAGGAAGGGCUGA